CGCCGCCCUCUGAUGAGCACAAUAAAUGCAGCCGUCGUGUUGUGUGGUCCGCAUCCGCAACGUUACAUUCAACACGGACUCGUGACCGUAAGCGAACUCCAAAAAGAUGGAAAGGCAGGUAGUGGAUAAGGCGAGAGAAGCCUUCCAGUCGGGCAAGUCUAGAUCCCUGCCGUACAGAAAACAACAGCUGAGAGCUCUGCACCGACUCAUCACUGAACACCAAGCUGACAUCGCACAAGCUCUCAAACAAGACAUCAACAAGAGUGUGCAUGACACUACACUAUUUGAGCUUAUCGGCCUUGAGAAUGACAUCAAGUUGGCAGAGAGUAAUCUGGCUGAUUGGGCGGCUCCUUGGCCUGCGAGGAAGAACCUCGGCUCUGCGAACGAUGACGUUUACAUAAAACCUGAACCUUUGGGGGUAGUGUUAAUAAUUGGUGCCUGGAAUUAUCCAUGGGCUUUGACCCUGCAGCCCCUAGUUGGAGCCAUUGCAGCUGGCAAUGCAGCGGUGGUGAAGCCGUCAGAGCUGAGCGAGCACUCUGCCAGACUUCUGAAAGAGCUUCUUCCUCAGUAUCUUGAUGAAGAGAUGUAUCCAGUGGUGACAGGAGGUGUUCCAGAGACCCAGGAGCUGUUGAAGCAGCGUUUUGACCACAUCUUCUACACUGGCAACAGCACAGUGGGCAAACUUGUUUUGGAAGCAGCCGCUCCCCAUAUCACACCGGUUACUUUAGAACUGGGUGGAAAGAGCCCUUGUUAUAUCGAUAGGAACUGUGACAUUGCUGUGGCAUGCAGACGUAUUACUUGGGGCAAGUUUGCGAAUUGUGGCCAGACCUGCAUUGCACCUGAUUACAUUCUGUGUGAGGCAAGCAUCCAGGACAGGAUCAUUAAGGAGAUUGGAAACACAUUGCGGGAGUUCUACACUGAGGAUGCAAAAAACUCUCCAGAUUAUGGACGUAUCAUCAACACACGUCACUUUGAUAGAGUAAUGGCUUUGAAGGAGGGAUGUACAGUUGCUAUUGGAGGAGAGAGCGAUGGGUCACAGUGUUACAUAGCUCCUACAGUUCUACGUGAUGUUUUGCCCCAUUUCAAAAUCAUGCAGGAAGAAAUAUUUGGACCUUUGUUACCAAUAACCACUGUUGAUAAUCUGAGCGAAGCCAUACAUUUUAUCAACAAAAGGGAAAAACCAUUGGCGCUUUAUGUGUUUUCCUCUGAUAAAAAGGUGAUUAAACGCAUGUUAACAGAAACCACCAGUGGAGGAGUAACCGUCAAUGAUGUCAUGAUGCACUACACUCUUAAUUCAUUACCUUUUGGAGGUGUGGGAAACAGUGGAAUGGGGAGAUAUCAUGGAAAACAUACAUUCGACCAGUUGAGUCACCAUCGUGCCUGCCUUAUCAAGUCUUUUGCUAUGGAGGGUUUAAAUGAUGCACGCUAUCCCCCACUAACCGCAGCCCGAGUGCGAAGGGCCAAGAUUGUCCUGCAGAGUCGCUUUUGCCGUUGCAGUGGCAUGUGUGUGUGGGCGAUCAUCUCUACAAUAGUGUCCAUUGCUCUGCUCAUUGCAUUACUAGUUGUACUUCUGUAGUUAACAGAUUUUAUUACUUAAGAUGCAUUGUUGAAUACUUCCUUAUAAUUGGUUAACACACUUUCCUUUAGGAUGUUUCUUACAUUUUCCAAAAGUGCACGGCUGUGAAGUGCUUCCGACUGGUUUGCCACAUAACAUUUGUUUUGUAACUGCACUGUUAAACUAUUGAACAUUAGUCAUCCAAUGAGAACCGUUUAACUAAAGGGUCUGUUAAAAAAUGCAUACAAUAUAAUUUUCUGUCAUAAUUCAUCGACUUAAUAAGUAUUUCCCAACUGACUGCCUUUUGGAUGAAACUUUUCAUGACUCUAGAUUAGGUCUAACAAAGCACUAUUGUUCAUAGUCACUCCAAAGGAGACUCUCAUGUUAUGCAACAGCUGCCGCUGCUUAAAAUUCCUUGUAUAUUUGAAUCAUUCUUAUACAGUGACUGUAUUGUAGUUCAUGUACAGUACAUUUACAUGUGAGUUGAUUGUCACUUUCUUUAAUACACUAAAGACACACAGGAGUUUAAAGUGAUUUAAACCAUCUUAUAAAGGCUUCUGUAAAAAUAUAAAAAAAUUCAGUAGAACUGUUGAACAAAUAGAAAGGAUCACUUUGUUGACCUGGUGGUCUAGUGGGUUAAACCACUGAACUGGUAAAUCAAAGGUUGCUGGUUCGAUCCCAGCAGCCACCACCAGUGUGUCCUUGAGCAAGACACUUUACUCCAUGUUGCUCCAGGGGGAUUGUCCCUGUAAUAAGUGCACUGUAAGUCGCUUUGGAUAAAAGCGUCUGCCAAAUGACUAAAUGUUCUCAAUGUAAAUGUAAAUGUUGACCUAAUGAUCAGGGCCUGUAUUCUUAAAGCUUCUAAGAUUCCUCUAAUAAAGCACUUAGUUUAGCUUAAAAACUUCUACGUUAAAGUCUUACCUUAAAAGUGAAUCAGGAGGACCAAUCUGAGAGCAACUCUGAGCAAGGAAAAGACAAAAACUUUUAUCUUAGUGUGGAGGGGGGGCUGACCCCGGUGCUAUGUAUAUUGAAGACGGACUGGUUGGUUGGCCAAGAAGGAAAAAGCAGCUCUUUUAAGUAUAGGGUCGAAAUUGGGUUUGAAAUUGCACACGUAACUUUUUUCUGUUUUACCAUACUCGCCGCACACACAUUCUUUAUUUUUAUUUACCAUGCUGUUACUGUAAACAUAUUUGAUGCAAAGCUGCAUUUCUCAAGUUAAUAAAUAUCUUUACUUAGUAUUUAAUGGUAACUUACAUCACAUGACUGCAUUUGAAGUUAUAGCUGCACUCAGUUACAUUAUGCCAUUACUAUCUUCCCUGCUUAUAACCUUACUCUGUUGUUUGAUAUCAAUCACAAAAUUAGACCUCAAUAGUUUCAACAAAUGAAAUUUCCUAAAUCACAACCAAUAAGCUCUCCCUAUUUUCAUAAACAUUGAGUGCAGCUGUGACAUGUCAGAGUGGAUCCCGGCUGAGACUGGUAUCUCCCGAGUUUUUUUUUCUCCAUUUAUUUAUCGUUUGGGUUCCUCGCCAUGUUGAGUUGCUCACCGGGGGACUGCAUUCAUUAGAUAUUAUUUGUUUGUGUAUUAUAUAUAUGAACUCCCUGUCAUCGUAUCAUUCCUACACAUUAUUUCUGUGUUGUAAAGUCCAUGGUAUCUGCCUUUGUUCUGCCAUCUUGUUACUCUUAAGAGACCUCUUGAACUUUCUUAAAUAAUUUAGGAGCUGAGGCUUAGUCAUAACACUAAGGAAAAUUUAUGAAUCACUUCCCCUAAGCUUGCUCAAUACUACAACAAAAAAAGCAUAGAAACAGAACUGAAAUAGACAAGUCAGCAUGACAAUGCCAAACUAAUCAUUGGUUAAAGUUCAAUGUGCAAGUGCAAAAAGGUGCUUUCCAGGAUUAAUUUCUACACAAGGUUUUAAUGUGCUGCUGCAUUUCAAAAUAAGUUUCAGUUUUCUUCAGUUUCAUUGAAUGAUGAAAUGAGGAAAAUGCAAGGAAAGAAGUAAGGGCCAGACAUGUACUGAUUUUGUUUCAAGCCAAGUACCCCUUGCCCAGACCGCAACAUUCCAUUCCAUUUUCUACCGCUUAUCCGAACUACCUCGGGUCACGGGGAGCCUGCGCCUAGACCGCAACAUUUUGCAUUAAAAUUCAGUGAAAUGAGAGUCAGACAGUUAUUAUAUCUAAUCCCCCCAAGUAGGUUAAUUGCUUAUAAACAUUUCUGUAUGUAGCUUUACGCAACUAUGUAAAUAUCUUAAGUAUUAGGGAUAACAUUUAAAGGUAAAUCAGUGUUUUUCUGUCAGGAAAAGUUAAUUUUUAUCAUAAAAAAAUUAUAAAUAACAUUUAACCGCAACCUCUUCUUUAUUUCGAGCCCAGACACCGCUCCUGAUACCGUGUCUCAAAAAAGAACUCUUAUAAAUUUAAAUGCGUUUUAAUUUAUGAAUUAAUUUUUUAUGCAUAUUUUGUUGUCCUUCUUUCACAUACACUAUACACAUAUACUAUACAAAAAUACUAUUAUAAUAAUUUAUUGACUUAUUAAUUUUCAUUAUUUAUUCCAAAAUUUCAGUUUCUCUCACGUACCCCCUGCAGUACCCCUAUACCCCCAUUUGGGACCCACUGCCUUAGAGGCAUAAUAUUGGGGUGGGAGAGAACUAUCCUUUAAUAGUUAUAAGUUGUAAAGAUGUGGUUUCUGAACUUCUAUUUUGAUAGUUUAGCAAUAUGGCAACAUGUUAUUCCAGAUUGAACAGAUGGAGACGGAGCUUUUUCAAGUAGUAAAUUUCUAUGUAAGCACCAUUUUUUAUCUUUAUGCUAAAAAUAUAAACAGGUUUGCUUCAACUUUGCUUUAAAUACAUAAUUAGAUUUAAUAUAAAAAGUACUUUUGAUACUUAAGUACAAAAUGUAUCUGUUACUUUAAGACUACUUACUUUCACUUCUACCAUAGAAAUGUUCUGGCAAAAUAUUUGUACUUUUACUCAAGUAAUGCGUUUAGGUACUUUAUACAUCACUGCAUACUGGCCCUGAUGUUCACCAACAGUAUUUUAAAAACACAUUCCUUUAACCAUGAAAAUCCAACCUGUAUAACCUAUGUACAACCUAUAUAUACAAACAUGU